ACCCUGCAGUUUACUUGAAGCACUAAAACAGCAUUUAGUGUCUUUGGAAGAGAAAAAUGACGUUUUACCUCCUUAUAGUGUGCAGCAUGCAUUGACUCCCUCCAUCCUGCAGAGUCCAGUUGUGAGAGCUUCAGCAAGCAAAGAUUGGUUUGCAGCCCACAAAUAUGUUGCAGCCCAAUGGCAAAGUGGAAGGGCUGUAGCAAACGACCUGGAUGGCUCACUGGUUAAGCUUGUAGGAACAGAUCUUAACUUUGGAGAAAGCUCAGUCAACAAAUCGGAUGUGAAGUGGUGUCAGUCUUCAGAGACGGAAGUGACUGGUGGAAUGAAUUGGCAGUUGAAUAGCUGCACCCACAUGUCAACCAUCUGGAACCCAAUUUCUGUCCCUCCUGUUUCACACAUGGUUCCAACUCCAGCGGGAACUCCUUCACUAAUGGCACCUCAAUCCAUGAUUGAUACCCAGUCAGGCUUAAGGAGGAGCAAGCCUUCCACCCCAUCCACAAGAAAUUACGAAGAUGUAGAUUCCUUCAUGAAACAGCCUGGGAAUGAGACUGCAGAUACAGUACUGAAGAAGCUGGAUGAACAGUACCAGAAGUAUAAAUUUAUGGAACUCAACCUUGCUCAAAAGAAAAGGAGGCUAAAAGGUCAGAUUCCUGAAAUUAAGCAGACUUUAGAAAUUCUAAAAUACAUGCAGAAGAAAAAGGAGUCCACCAAUUCACUGGAGACCAGAUUCUUACUGGCAGAUAACCUGUAUUGCAAAGCUUCAGUUCCUCCUACCGAUAAAGUGUGUCUGUGGUUGGGGGCAAAUGUAAUGCUUGAAUAUGAUAUUGAUGAAGCUCAGGCAUUGUUGGAAAAGAAUUUAUUGACUGCCACAAAGAAUCUUGAUUCUCUUGAGGAAGACCUUGACUUUCUUCGAGAUCAAUUUACUACCACAGAAGUCAAUAUGGCCAGGGUUUAUAAUUGGGAUGUAAAAAGAAGAAACAAAGAUGAUUCUGCAAAGAACAAAGCAUAAUGCUGGCAAUUAAAAAUUUGGUUCAGUUUUCCAAACAUGUUAUUUUAAAUACCCCAAAGUUUAUCCUUAAAAGUUGACAUAACUCUAAAUGACUUUUAACAGCAAGAAUGAUAAUUAACACUUAAAAAAAAAGAUAAACACCACUUUAUUUAUUUAUAAAAACAAAAUUAGUUUCAAAUAUUUUAUGAAAUUUGCAGUAUUUUUAUUUUUAUUUUUUGCAUUUCCAACAAAUUAAAUGCUGCUUUCAUGAUUUUGUUUGUUUGUUUGUCAUAAGAAAAGUCUUAGCUGAAAUGGCUGAAAGCUGUGAGAUGCAAUGGAAGCUGAUUUCUAGAGAGUUUGGCACAGUUUACUUUUUCUUUAUUGGCUGGUGUUACUCUCACUUGUGAUGUGGUUAAACCAGUUUAGAGGUAGGAAAAACAGUUUGAGUAUUUGAAAACUUGUUUCUCUUUAGUGCAGGUGGGGCUUUAUGGCCCUCUAUUGCUGUUAUUUGUCCUAUGUAAAUGCAGUUUCGUGAAUAACUGCUUAGCCAAUAACUAUUAUAAUAUUCUGUACUUUUCAGGAAAUGGUAGUUUGCAUUCCUAAACAGUAAGAGGGCUAUUGAGACAACACUUUUUCUAACCCGAUAUAAGUGCAUAGAGCCUUUGCAAUGCCAACAUAAAGGAGAUCUUGGCCAACAUGAAAUAACAAAAUACCCUACUGAAAACUCUUGCCUGAGGCGAUUUUGUACUUCCUACCAGUUCUCCAAAGCAGCUGAACAGGAAUGUUAAGAUAAAUAUAAAUCUGCUAUGGUUUAAAAGAGUUGUGAGCUUUUUUAUUCAUGGUAAAACUUCUUAAGAGUAGUAGAAGAUCCCUGUGGAAAGCCAUUGGUACAGCGGCUAGUACUGGGUGACACAGAUUCUGGUAAAAACACAAAUGUAUUAUUCCAUCUCCACGUAGUACAGAGUAUACUUGUACAAUGUUUUGUGCUUGUAUUUCAUGAUAUUAAAACAGUGAAGU